CCUAUUGACUCCUGCCCAUUCAAUGUCCUUGCUGUGAUGUACCUAUUGGCUUGUCCCAGAGUAGAUCCAACGCUUGUUCCUCCUCAUUGAUGUAUAUUGGUCUGUCACAACAUGUACAGAGACACCUCAAGUACCCAGGCCUCUUGUUUGCCACCCCGGCCUCGAAAUUUAUUUCAACAAGUAACUCCUCGUUUUUGUCGACACACUACAACAACAUACCAUCUAUACUUUUAAAUUGCGCUGCCAGCAUCAUAACUACUCGCCACCUCGAACUAAGACAGACCGAAAAUCUCAAGAUGCCUAUUCUUCUCAAAGGUAAUCUUCGGCUCUCUCUACCGGCGUCUGGCAGUACGUUUCUCUAACAUGUGUAUCAACUGCUUUCAAACCUAACGUUAUGGCAGUGAAGUACCAGGCCCCCUACCGACUCAUGCACAAAUCACGACGCGAUAAGCGAGUUUUCGAUGCCCUCAAAGCCACCGGACACGAGAUCAAACCUGCUAUUCUCACCGAAGUCCUUAUGCAACUAUUCAAGACCGCGACUCCCUUGAUAAAAAAGGGACGCGAUAAUGGCGAUGACCUUUGGGAUAUUCUGCCUCUUGUGCAGAGCGAAAUCGAUUGGGCUUCGAAGGUACCACAAGCGGUUUUCUUCGAGAUGUUUGUGCGCCUGAUCGAAGCUCGCUGCGAGUGGGAAAAGAACCCAGAAUAUCCUUACUACCGCUACGAUUUGUACAAUCCGGCCGUUCUCGCACUCAUCGCGUUCCGCAAAUCUGUAGGUGAUCAUGGUACCGUCGGCGAAUCGUGGAUCGUCACAGACGCUGUCUUCUUCAACGAGCUAGCUAGAGGCUUCGACAUCGAUGAGGAUGAGGAUGAGGACGUUGUAAUGGAUGGUUCGGACUGUCAGACUAAAUGCGAAUAUCACCAUGCUGAGAACCAAGACUACCACCUCGAGGAUGAGGAUUCAUAUGGUAACGAUGAAGAGCUUCAGGAUGAGAACCAAGACCCGACCGUUGCCGUUGUAAUCCCUCCUAUGGUGCAGAUGAAGAUCGACUAGAAGAAUCGACUCUUCACAUCCUUCUAACUCCCUACAUAUCUUCUCUGUUUCUUUGUAUCCAAUGUUGAAUGUAUGACUGUGUCCUUUCCGUCCAUUGUGAUCCCUGGCAAGGUACGAUGCUAAAAUUGGAACCAAUUCUACUAGUAACAACUCGUACAUGUGGAAUAAAGUAAUGUGUUAGACGCAUAUUCCCACGACGAACCCCUAUGCAAAAUGCACGUGUCAAAGCAAAGCCGCAUUCCAAAAUUAGCGCGGUUUAAG